UGGGUGCUGUGAAGGAGGAGGAGCACGGGUCGCGGCCGCGUCCCUCCGGUUCUAGUCCCGGUUCUAGUCCCGGUUCUGGUCCCGGUUCUGGUCCCGGUUCUGGUCCCGGUCCCGGCCCUGGCCGCAGCGGCAGCUCCCCCCCCUGCCCGCAGGGCACCCAUGGGCUCUCCGUCAGCUGCCCCAAGGCUGCUCUACCGCAGCACCCGCCUGCUGCGCACCGCCUUCCAGCAGCUCCACCAGCAGCAGCAGCGCGACGAUGUCUUCUGUGAUGUGGUCCUGCAGGCCGAAGGUGAGGCGGUGGUGGCCCAUUGCUGCGUCCUCUCCGUCUGCAGCCCCUUCUUCAUGGAGCAGCUGGGCCGGGAGCUGACUCCCCGGGGCGGCAGGGUGGUCCUGGAGCUGGGAGGGCUGAAGAUCGGGGCGCUGCGCAAGCUGGUGCGCUUCCUCUACACUGCCGAGCUGGAUGCCACAUGGGACGAGGUGCAGGAGGUGCUGGCAGCCGCGCGCCGCCUCCAGGUCACCGAGCUCGAGUCGCUGCAGCUCCAGGGGGGGCGCCUGGUGAGGCCAGGACCGAAGCGGCAGCUCAACCGCUCCUGCCUGCGCUCCAGCCAGCGCUGCUCCCGCCCGGCGGAGGCCGGCAGCGCUGCGCCCGGUGGUACAGGAAUGCUCCCCCGGAGCACCGGUGUCUCCCCAGAAGAGAGUGCUGCUGCACCCCCCCUGCACUCUCCAGAGCCCAUGCACCGCAGCCCCGUGCAGCGGGUGAAGCUGCGGAAGGUGAAGAGUGGGGGGUACUGGGAGGUGGUGCAGGAGAGGCAGCCCCCCAGCACCGUGGCCACAGGCAAUAGAGGGGUGAUGGACCCACAGCCCACCCUGGGUGCAAGUGCAGUGGGGCAGGCAGACAGGCACAGCACAUGGGCGGCCUGGAAGAAGCAGGGCUGCGGGCUGGUGCCACCGGAGGACCCCACAGGUGAUCCUGAGGAGGAAGAGGUGGAUGUGGGGACGCUGGAGCUGUGCCUGCCCCCAGGCACUGUCUGCGUCUGUCCCUGCCCCUCGUCCGACUCUGAUGAGGAGGUGGAUGUUCUCACCUAGGGAGGGCAGCUCUGCUCCUUCUGCUGCCCUCACCCCUGCCCUUAUGGUACUGAAAUAAAGCAUCAGAGCUUGCA